AUGGAUUCCUGGCUUUCCUUUCACUCUGGUUUUCUUCUUCUUGUCUUCCUUAUAUUGUUGGUUUCCGUCCAGGUUCCGGUGUCUUUAUGCUCCUAUGAUUGGUAUUCAAGUUGUAACAACCGGUUUAACUGCGGGGACAAUAUCACCGACGUGGGUUAUCCAUUCUGGGGUGAUGGACGACCGGAUGGCUGCGGCAAUCCAGAUUUAAAGCUCAAUUGUGUGCACAAUAUCACUAGCAUCAAAAUUAUGAAGCUGAAAUACCGCGUUUUGGGUUUCGAUCCUAGCGCCAAAAGCCUCAAAAUUCUCAGGGAGGACUUCUUGGAUGGAGUUUGUUCACCAGUCUUCGUCGACACCUCCCUCGAUUCAGAGCUUUUUGAAUAUGGCCUUGGCUACGUUGACAUUAAGUUAGUCUAUGGUUGCCCAGAUUCAACCAAUUAUCCACCCAUAUUCUCUUGCACCGUUAAUGGCACCGCUGAUAAAGGCGUUUACAUAGAACCUGACGUCCCUGUGGUUUGUGCAAAAAGCGUGGUUGUUCCUGUUCUUGCAACUCGUUAUAAAGAUAUAGGCAAUUUGUCAAGAAUUGAAGACGUCAUCAAAGAAGGAUUCGAUGUGAAGUGGAAGGAAGAUCCAGCUUGUAUUGCCUGCACCGGGUCUAAGGGGGUUUGCGGUUACGACCAGAUUACGACUCAAACAACUUGCUACUACCCAAAUCAAUCAAACGGGUUACAAAUAUCUCCUGCCAAAGCCCCCCAAGCGCCUUCAAGUAAAUCAGGCAUGUAA